CUCCCUCGCUGUCAGUCAACUCCAACCGACUCUCCUACUAGUAUUUCCCGGAAAAUACCCCAAAAAAAAAAAAAAACAAGUUCCCAACAGAUUUCUCCGUCGACGAAAAACCAUGUCUCUCCCGGCCAUUCUCGCGGUCCUCCUCCUCCUAUCACCCUUAUCCUUUUCCGCCGCCGAUGACGACACACGGUCGGCCUACGACGUCAUCCAGGACUUCAACUUCCCGAUGGGGAUUCUCCCCAAGGGCGUCACCGGCUACGACCUCGACCGGAGCAACGGCAAGUGGGCCGCCUACUUCGACGGCGCGUGCAGCUUCUCGCUCGAAGGCUCGUACCAGCUCAAGUACAAGUCCACCAUCACCGGCACCAUCUCCAACAACAGGCUCAAGGACCUGACCGGAGUCAGCGUUAAGGUCUUGUUCCUGUGGCUCAAUAUCGUCGAGGUUUCACGCAGCGGCGACGACCUGGACUUCUCGGUGGGGAUCGCGUCGGCGUCGUUUCCGAUUGAUAAUUUCUACGAGUGUCCGCAGUGCGGGUGUGGAUUGAAUUGCAGCCCGGCGCCGCCGCAAGUGAGGAAGAUUAAGAUGAAGAAGUCUCUGGUUUCUUCUAUUUGAGUAAGGAAUUGGAUUUGUAGAGAGGUUUUAUUGUGUUUGAUUACAUUUUGAGAUUUUGAUGAUGUGUUUAGUUCUAUUGCAAUAAUUAUGAUUCUGGAAAUAAAUUGAAGAAAAUUGAUUGUAAUUCUUAAGGAGGAAUUAGAGGAUUUGAGUAAUUGGUGCUUCGAUGAGUGUAUAGAACAGGUGGUGUUGUACAGGAUGAAAUGAGGGCAUAGUU